AUGUGUGAAGCCUUUAAUAGGGCCAUCCUAGAAUAUAGAGACAAACCUAUUAUCACCCUUUUAGAAGGGAUAAAGCAUUACUUGACUAAGAGAAUCAGUAACCAGAAGGAACUCAUGGUAAAGUAUGCUAGUAAUGUGUGUCCAAGAGUUCAGUUAGCUUUAAAGAAGAAUAAGAAGUUUGCUAAGAGUUGGUCUCCAACUUGGUAUGGUGAUGAUGACAUGGUUAUUUUUGGUGUAACAAAUGGUAUAGAAACUUAUUGUGUCAACAUCAAAGAAGGUACAUGUGCUUGCAGAAAAUGGGACUUAACCGGGAUUCCUUGUAGCCAUGCUAUAACAUGUAUAUGGCAUAACAAGAAACAUCCUGAAGAAUCUAUUUCUGAGUAUUAUAGAAAGACAACUUUCCAGAACACAUACUCUCACAUCAUAUAUCCUACAAAUGGCCCUCAACUAUGGCAUGUAGAUGGUACAUUGAUUGUCAAUCCACCAGUGAUGAUAAAGGCAAUUGGACAUUCGAAAAAUCUGAGGAACAAGAGUAAUGAUGAACCAAAGAAUCCAUAUGUUUUUCCAAGAAAGAUAACAACUGUCACUUGUACAAAAUGUGGAUCCAUGGGGCAUAAUAAAAUAACAUGUAAAGGGAAGAGAUCAGCAGAUGGGAUUAUGCCAAAGGGAGGGAAUAAGAAGCAAAAGAUCACUAAGGGAAGGAGCAAGGGAAAUGGCAAGGGUAAGGGCAAUGACAAGAGAAAAAAGACACAAACUGCAUCACAACCCACACAAGAAGUUGGUUCAUGUUCACAGGGACCACCAGCUACUCAAGAUUAG